AGACAAUGUGCUUGACCUGAUAUUUACUAGAGCAAUAUUCACUCUCUCUCUCCCAAGACUCUCUCUUCUUCUAUCCUAUAAUCUCUCCUGUCUCUGCCUCUUCGACCCUACUCUCUUCCCUUUCCGCGUCCUUUGACUCUUACUGUCCCCUUUCCCCACUUUCGGUUCAACCCCCCCUUCCUGUUCCGUGGCUGAGUGACUCACUGCAUGCUCACAGAAUAGGGCUGGGGGCAGCUGAGUGAAAAUGGGGGGAACUAAACUUCUGGCCACUCCCCCUCUAACUUCUCCUCCUAUGUAUCCACUGCUAAAGCCACUUUCUGUCACUCUACAUUUCAAGCUUCUGCUUUAAAUCCUGGGAAACUUUUUUCAACUUCCUCCUCCCUAGAAUCAGUGGUGAGAAGCUGCUCAUACCUACUGCCUUUACGUUUCACGUUCUAGAGGAACACAACGACUAUAGGAAAAGCUAACAUUUCUGUUACCAGAAAGUGAUCUAAAAUGGCGAAUGUUCCCGAACUGCUGCUGCUGAGUUUUCAGCAUCUGGAUUCAGGCGAGCUGGAGACAUUUCAGUGGUACUUAAAGGGGCAUGUGUUGGAUGGAUUUCCUAGCAUCCCAAAGAGCCAGCUGGAGAAUGCUAACAGACAGGUCACAGUGGAUAAGAUGGUGGAGAGUUACGGCGAUGAGGGAGCUGUGCGAAUCACACUGGAUAUCAUGAGGAAAAUGAGCCUGAACAAUCUCUCAGAAAAUUUGGAGAAGAACUACAAAGCAGCAAUCUCUCGGAAGCGGUUAUGGAAGCAGGCUGAGAGGGAUGAACUGAAUGAGGAGGUCCCAAGCGGCUCAUAUGAACUGUCAUCUGUGUCUGAUGGGAAGCGUGGUCGUCAGAUGUCUGUGACCUCUAGGCUGGGGGAAGAGCUGGAGGAUCUGGGCAAGAAGACACAGGCUGAGUGGGAUGAGCUGAUCAGGGACUCAUCUGGAAUGUUGGCCCCGUCUAGGGUGGAGCAUAAUCAACUGGAGAUCACUAGGCUGAAGGAGAAGCAGAAGGAACUGAUCAUGAAGGAAACCCAGCUUGUUGAGUGUAUGAUAGUGGUUGUUCUGCAGCGACUUAAUGAAGUAAAGCUCCAGCAGUUUCAGUGGCACCUGACUAAGGGGAAGUUGGAAGUCUUCGAUCCCAUCCCAAAGGACCAGCUGAAGAAAGGUGACAGGAAAGACACAGUGGAUAAGAUGGUGGACAAGUACAGUCCUGACGGAGCUGUGGGAAUCACAGUGAAGAUUCUGAGAAAGAUUAAGCUAAACGAUCUCGCUGUUGAGUUAGAAAAUAACUACAGAGAAGCUGAGGGAGCAAAAGGACAUGUUAAUGGGAAAAGUCGAUUCCUCCACUCAAACUCUGGCCACCUCUCCAACUCACCAGAAUGGACGCCGCCAAUCUAAUGUUUCUGGAAAUAAGAGCUUUGGUGUAAAUUUGAUUUUUUAAACGUACUGUUUAUUUAUAUUGAAUAAUUCUGUGUUUUACAAGACAGACGAAGAGCAUUACACUUCCUCAGUUAAGAAUUUAGGUGAUCAAGGCAACAUCUUAUCACACAAUCUUAUGAGCUGAUAUGGUGUCUGUUGGACACCAUUGGACAUAAGCACAACAUUUUUUAUGAAGAUGUACAUACACUAUUUACUGGCAGUAAAAGUGUCGCAUAAGUAAAACGUGGGCGGCAGGGUAGCCUAGUGGUUAGAGCGUUGGACUAGUAACCGGAAGGUUGCAAGUUCCCUGAACUGAGCUGACAAGGUACAAAUCUGUCGUUCUGCCCCUGAACAGGCAGUUAACCCACUGUUCCUAGGCCGUCAUUGAAAAUAAGAAGUUGUUCUUAACUGACUUGCCUGGUUAAAUAAAGGUAAAAUAAAAAAUAAAAAAUGUCAGUGUUUUAGAAUGAGUUACUUGUUAUGUGUGUGCCCGAUGCCACCAAUCAUCUCUGAUUCUCUGCUGAGUGCGCAAUGUCAAGUGCGGAAUAUUUAGUGUCCUCAUUCAAAUAAUCCAUAGCCUAUAGGCUAUACGAAGUGCAUGCUCGGAGAAGCACAAAUUAUAUUUCUAAGAAAAUGUACUUCCUAAAUAUGAUAGGCUAUUUACGUUGACUGGAAAUAAGUAUUGAUUGGCUACAUUCAUUUGUCUAUCAGAUGUGUGCGUACUGGUAGUGAAGUCAGGUGCAGGAGAGCAGAGAUUUGUGAACAGGCGCACACUUUAUUUAGGCAAAAGUUCAAAAGUCACAAGAAUUAUGUUUAACAAUAAACAUCCUUCGAGAAAAAUAACACGGAAAAACAAGCCAGUCUGGCGCGUCAACAGUACACUGGUAACACAAAAAAAUCUUACACAAAGACAUGAUGGGGAACAGAGGAAUAAAUACAUGUAGAAUGAUUGAGGAAUGAAAACCAGGUGUGCAGGGAACAAGACAAAACAAAUGGAUACAUGAAAAAUGGAGCGGCGAUGGCUAGAAAGCCGGAGACGUCGACCAUUGAACGCCGCCCGAAUAAGGAGCCGACUUCGGUGGAAGUCAUGACAGUCUAGGCCUGUGAAUCGUAGGUUACUCAUCCUGGAUGUUAUGCAAGACUUUGCAAGUCAAGGGAACAUUUUCACACAAUCUAUGUGCACAAAUUUGGAAUUAAAUGUUGAUAUGCUGAUGGAAUCGGGGCUAGUUGUCUGUCCCAGUGCCAUAGAUAUAGGGAGUUUGACAAUCCCUGUUUUAUAAAAGAAUUCUCAUUUUAUUUUCAUGCUAACACCAAGAGAUCAACCCGGAAGGUUGUAGGCUAUAAUGGAUAAGGAGAGUGAGGUUGUCAGCUGUGGUCUGUGAACCCACAACCUUCCGGGCUGCAGCCCUGUGCGCUAUCAAAAGUGCUAUUGUAAUCCUUGAAAGUACUGUUUGCUUUUAAAAUAAGUAAAGGGUUCAAUUGGGCUGUGCACUCCUAAUAACCUCAAUGUCUUAAUAUGUAUUACUGUAGUAACCACACUCAAGAAAUAGUAUGAAUUAUCCUUUUAAUAUUAUUUUCUUUCAGGAGUAAAAUUAUUUCAUUAAUGACUUUAUGGUGUGAAAUUUAACAAUACAGAUAAUGAAUCAACAAUUAAUUCAAUCAAUACAACAACAAAAAGUCCUAAGUUGUACACAAGCACAACCAUGAAUUUGUCCAACGUAGUAUGUUGGAUUUUACUUGCAGUUCAGCGGUGAUGAAUUAAAGGAAUUUUGCAGUCUGUUGUGGUCCUUGACGUCCACAGAGCUGUAGAGUAAACCAGUCAAAUCCCACAAGGGGAGCUCCAACCAAUGAUUUAUAUAUAUGUACUAGAUAGCUAAUAGAGGGCACUGUGUUAAAGCCACCAUGCCUCCAUCUUGGCACUCCCUCACCAUUGUAAAAAAAUAUUUUGGAACGUAUGUAAACCCACAGUGGAGGUGUCAUAAUACCCAUACAACCUAGCUGUCAAACAGGGAAAUGGUUCCAAUCGUUUUCCCACCAUUAAUUUGUCCCAUCAGGGAUUUUAGAAACACUUAAAAUAAGGGCCGUGUUCCGUGUGGGUUUACCCUGGCAUGACAUUUUGAUAACCAUGUAAAUCUCUCUCGGACAAGGUGACUUUUAUCAAUAUAUUUGGUUCUAUUUACACUCAGAUUCUAAAAGGGUAAUUGGCAUCAAAGUAGACAUCAUGCAAAACUACAAAUCCCUGCAAACUCCUGAACGUCAUCUCUAGCUGACAACU